AUGGAGAGACCUUAUUUCUUUGCGAGUGCUAUUUUUAGUGCACCAAGCAUAAAAGUGGAAGCCAAUCCUUGCAGGGUAAUUUAUUGUUCCACUUGCUACAAAUAGUAAACGAAAACACAAUGCAAAGACUGUUUCUCUUUUCUUAGGGCACCGUCAAUGCAAAAACAGGAUACAACAAACCCAAAACAGAAAAACACUACGUACCUGAGAAAACAGAAACAUAAAUCCCAAAACAGAAAUAAACAUCCCAAAGAGGAAACACAUACAAAACAAAAAUACAAAAUUGAACGACAAAACUGAAAGAGAACUUAAAAAUACAAACCAUGAUCAAAAGCCCCAAAACAGAAACAAGGAAAUAAUGAAAAACAAUAGUUUCUCAUGAUUCAUCGUCUUUUAAUUAUCUCAACCCGCGAUCCGGCGUUUUUUUUUUUAGGGAGGGCAUGAUCACAGGCUAUAAUAGACCAUUCCGAGUUCCAAAAACCCUCACUUUAAAACUGAGGCCGAAAGUAAGGUAAAACGGGCAACAAAUGGCUGCAGAGCGAGUCCGAAAGCGAUGCUGCGUGUUUUAUUACCCACAAAUCAAACCUGCCUUGUAGCAAAUAAGAUUCAGUGUUGCAAGUUGCGGGAAUACUGACUCCUGAUUGGAUAAAAUUACGCGGGAGUCACGCCAUAUAUACACAGGAGUUACGUCACUUGCUUCAAAACAAGUUUGCCUUGGGCCGGUAAUUAAAACCGCGCAACAUUGACAGAUUUUGAUGCAAAAAGUACAACUUCUCUCUAGUUUUUGCAACCAAUUUUCGCAACUUGUAUAAACCUGAUUUUCUGCAGGGGAGGCUUCAUUCGUGGGUAGUAAAAUGCGCAACAUCACUUUUCAACUAGUUUCCCAACAAUUUUGUAAAACAGGUUUCACGUUUUUGUUGUCCGUUUUACCAUAGCUUUAGAGCAAUUUUCGUAUGACCAGGAAAUGAAAACGUGCGAACAAAAAAGAAACAUCAAAGGAACGGAAAUAGAGCGAUUUGAUUAGUUUAUCGAACGGAUUCUCGAAACGGAUACAAACGCACGUGGCUUUUGGUUGGUUAAGCGAACGCCCGAGAACUUUCUAGAAAUCAAACGAUACUUCGCUUUGAAGUCACACAACAACACGAUUGACUAAUCGAACAAUGCUUUCUCCAUAUUAGGGUUUUCUUUGGUGGGAAAACGAAGAGGCCAUUUUUUUGAUCUUUCAAUCCAUUGGCUGAUAAAACAAAUAACGAACACUUACCGAAACCAUUUUUCAAGGUCAUAAGAAAAUCUAACGCAGUGUGAGAUAACACGGAUUUUAGAUGUGAAAUAUUUGCAGGGGAAGCAAUUGGGAGGGGAGGGAAGGGAAUGUGAUGAUUAUUUUAAUAGGAGAUUAUUUUAUCACGAGUCAAGUUUUUAACCUUGUCUUCUAGGGGGAGGUGCGAAAUUAAUACAGUAGUGAUUGUUCCAUAUAUAAAAACGCAAAACAAAAAACAAAAAAAACGAACUUGGCCAAUAUUCAGCUAUCUGGACCUCACGCUUGGUUAAAAAAGACCUUUUGAUUCGAGGACGAGAACUACUUGGAGUACGACUUUCGUUCUUCUCAAAAAGAAAAAUAGACACCCGCAAAGCUCCAUUGCACUUUUGAUUCACCAGAAAAGUUAGCACUGUUACUUAUUGAAGGAGUUUAAGCCCUCUCCCGACCGAAAAUAAUAAAACUUAGCUUCUAACAUUUGAUAAGUUGUUUUCGUCACAACGACAUUCUCGGCAAAACUCGUAGUAGAAUAACGACGGCUAUCACGUUUUCCCACCAAAAUGAAGCUGGUUCAUGCGCGCGCACUGCUUAGCAUUAAGAAAAUCUCAUACUCUUAGUCGUCCUCGUCUUAAAAACUAAAGGUCUCAAAUAACGUAUAUAAUGCAUGUAUCUUACAGGUUUGUGUAGGAAGAAUAGUAUCAUGGAUAAUCCCCUCGUAUCAGAUCAGGCCACCGAUUGAUCCAUCAGUCUUAAGCCGGGAUCCUACACAGGUGAUACAAUUCAUCACUUUAGAAACGAGUCAGAAACUGGGUCGAGUUAACUUUCGCAAAGACUUCAGGGAUUGUUAUUAAAAACAGUAGAGGAAAGAUUGGCCAAUAGCUUUCGCAAAGACUUCUGGGAUUGUUACUAGGGACAGAAAGAAAGAUUGCCGAUAGCUGACCGACACGACCCCAGUAACAAUCCCAGAAGCAAUCGCGGGUCACAUUUCUUCUUCAAUAAAAUUCCCUUCUCGUUUCUAAAAAGGCGAAUAACACAACUGAAAACUGCUCGCUUUUUCUGAGUCAAAGGAGAGAGACUUUCGUGUGCAUUUUUUCAGCAUUUCCGAAGAAAAAUUUCCACGACUUUCGAAAAAUGCCGAACAUAUUCUGGUCAUUUCGGGAGGCUGCUGAAUGAGGCUGUGUCUAGUCCCUCAAACCGAUCGCGAAGAAACUCGACAUUUCGUACCACUGACUGGAAUAUUUUGGGUGAAGACUGAAUAAAAGUUUUUCAGUUUAAUGGUUUAAUGACAAGUCGUUCGGAAUUGUGAGUCAGGAAUUGGUGUUUUCCAUCCUUCGUGACUGUGAUAUUGGUGGCCGGCGGGUUUUUCGAGGGUUAUUCUGUCCUGUUCAAUUAAUCAGCCCAAAGAUUAAACCCCCGGUGGGGGAGGGGGGGGGAGCUACUCAACAACAUUUUAUAUGGUAACGCACCACCCCGAGACCUAACUCCUCACACAUUUAUCGUUGAAGGAGCUCGUCGUGUUUUUUUAGGGUUGAAGCCUCCCCAUAAAAAAUUCAAUGUCACUCAAUUCUUUGCACAAUCCAUUUAGUAACCAAACGUCUUACAGCAAGUCGAAUUUCCUUGAGUACCAGGCGUCCCUCGCGCCUUCUACUCUCUCGCGCUUGACUUGUGGCAAGUCUAGGACUUCAAUAACACAAUGCACCUUGUUUAUUACUAUUGUUUUAGGUUGAAAAGUAUGCCAAUGAUAGCCUAAACUGGCAUGAGGGAAUGAAAGUGAGAUGGGUCGGAGCUAUAUUAGACGCAAUGAAUGAAAUCCAGAGGAACUUGUCAAAGCUUACAAAACCUUACCUACUUGUGAUGGAGAUCAGUUAG